ACUUCUGUGACUUCUGUCGCCUAUUCUGUUGCGUCUAGUUGUUUAAUUUAGUUGUUUAAGAUGGCUGACGACGAGUUUGACAAUGACGAGGUCGAUGAAUUCGAUGAUGAAGAAGAUGAUAACAUUGAAAUGGACCAACCAGAAUAUGAGGCAGAGAACUUUGAAAUAGUUCAAGCAAAUGAAGCUGGUGGUAGUGGUGGUGGUGUACAACAAAGUAAAAGAAUUACCACCGGCUACAUGACAAAAUAUGAGCGUGCUCGUAUUUUGGGAACCAGAGCACUACAGAUAGCCAUGUGUGCACCUGUCAUGGUAGAAUUGGAAGGUGAAACUGAUCCCUUGCAAAUUGCAAUGAAAGAACUGAAACAACGCAAAAUUCCAAUUAUCAUAAGGCGAUUCUUACCAGACCACAGCUAUGAAGAUUGGGGAAUCGAUGAAUUAAUUAUAAUUGACCAUUAAUUCCUAAGAGAGUAAAAUAAAGUUUUAUGUCUAGCAGUCAUUAUUGUGAAAUUUAAAGUAAGAAUCAACUGUAAAUAUGUGAAAAAGUUUUA